ACCCGUGUCCACCUCCGCCACGGUGCGCCUGCGAGAUCCCAAAGUUUCAAACACCUCUCUCUCUCUCUCUCUCUCUCUCUCAGUUAUUAACGCAUCAAAAUUUGGCCCCAUUACAAUUUUCCCCAGAUCUAUAUCUCCCUCUCCCACGCCCACUCCCUCUCCCUCUCUCUCUCUCUCUGAAUUUUAGAGUUUCGAUGUAUCACGUUCGUUCCCUUUUCUAGAUAUAUCCCCGCGAAGGAUCGGAGAGUACACUCUGGGGUGAAUCUCUCUUCUCUCUCGCUCUCUAAGAAAACAUGAGAUAAGGUUUUUUUUUUUUUUCUUUUUUUGAAUGUGAUAUUUCGAGAUCAGAGGUGAAUUCUCUUGGAAACUCGAAGUAGCGAGCAUCAGAGAUUACGAGAAUGGAGCUACGAGGAAAGAAAACAACUCACGAUUUCCUUUCGCUCCACACCGUAGAUCCAUCGUUCAAGCGCCACGAUACAUCACCUUCCUCCUCCCAAGGAUUUUUUAUUAAGACGCGCGAUUUUUUACAGCCGUUGGAUGACCGGGAGGAGGAAUCGGCGGGCCGGGACCCCGCGGUGGGCCCCACAGAGGAGGAGCGCACGCUCCCCGGGGGAAUCGGCGCGUUCAGCAUCAGCCACGUGUCCGGCCCUGGCUCGAGGGCGCCGCUUAAGCCCGACCGGGGCACGUGCGGGGCGGUUCGCGGGUUCGGUGUGAAGAGUAAACCCGAACCCGACAUCGACAGUGGUGUUUAUACAACUCAAAACGUCGGUGUUCUUGGUGCACCUUUUUCUACGUGGGCCCAUUCCACAGCGCGGGAUUCCGGUCCAUCAUCAAGAGGGCCGUGGCCGUCGCCAUUCGCCGCCGCUCGCGCCAACGGCUUCGUCGGAUCCCUCUCCUUCGCCUCCAGGGACAACGCGGCGACGGAGGGGAAGCGAUCCAUGGAGGCCGCUUCGAGGUCUAGCAGGGGGGCCUUCGACGACGACGACGACGACGACGGCGACGAGUUUGGUAGGCGAGAGGCCUCCUCCUCGCGUAAAGAGUUGAGCAUUAAGGUAGACGGGAAGGGAAGUGGUAGUGGCAGCGGCACUGAUCAGCGGCCCAACACGCCGAGAUCAAAGCAUUCUGCCACGGAGCAGCGGAGAAGAAGCAAAAUUAAUGAUAGAUUUCAGAUUCUUAGGGAACUCAUUCCACAAGGUGAUCAGAAGAGAGACAAGGCUUCAUUUCUUUUAGAGGUUAUUGAGUACAUCCGAUUCUUGCAAGAGAAGGUACAGAAGUAUGAGGCAACAAAUCCAGAAUGGAAUCAAGAAAGUUCCAAUUUAUUGCCGUGGGUUAACGUCUAUUUUAGAUCUUUCUGGAAAAGUGCACAGAGUAACAACCAUGGUCUAUCCGACCCUUUACAAGCCAUUAAAAAUGGUUCCUCUCCAUCCGGUUACAUGUUCUCUGGCAAAUACACUGACAAUGGUACUCAGGUGGCGCCUGCAGUUUUGACAGGUGUGGCACAGAAUCGAACUGAAACAGAGAUGAUGACAGCUGGCUUCUCUAGCAAAGCUAUGGAAACUCCUCAAAAUUUCAUAAAUGAAAGCAUGAGUGGCGCUCAAGCCCCAUGGUUAAGACCACAUGGUGCAGCCGACUCUGCUGUUAAUGGUGAAAUGUUAAGUGAACAAGAAGAGCUAGCAAUUGAUCAGGCAACUGUUAAUUUUUCGAAUGCAUAUUCCCAAGGGGUGCUGACAACACUUACCCAGACUCUUCAGAACUCUGGAAUAGAUCUAUCACAGGCCAAUUUGUCUGUGCAGAUCAAUUUGGCAAGGCGGUCAAAAAGAACUAAUGCCAAUGUGACGGCUUGCACGACUAAGGAUCAGGAAGAUCCUGCAUGUAGCAAUCAAGAAACUGGGUGUCGCGAGGAUGUUACGCAAGCACCUAAACGGCACAAAACUGAUUACAGCUAGUGCAGCUACUACAGUACCCCCUUGUGCUUCUCUGUUCAAAUAUGCUAACUCGUCCUCUUUUAAAGCUCAGUUCCUCGGACACUGUACAUUGUAUGUUUCAACUGUGAUUGGCGCCAAAAAGCCAAUCGAUUGGCGCCAAAAAGCCAAUCAGGUAUUCUUUCAUUUGUCUCUUUGCACCUCUAGAAGAGGCUUCCAUUAUAAAUUGCGAAGCCGCUUUUCUUUACAGGCUUCCAUUGAUAUGAGAAGUUGCUCUUUUCUUUUGGCAAAGGGACUGUGGUUACUAGAUUGUUUAAUACUCUGUGUUCUUUGUAGUAAAUAUCAUUGUAUUGGUUGAGCAGUGCAUCUCUGACAUUGUUUAUGCAUUGGUUUCAUUAUUGGUUCAAAAAGUUAGUAGUUUGAGUAAUGGCCGCUGCUCAGUUAGUCGGACCUCAGAUGUUAGAAAAACUCUAUAUAAUAAUUUUUGCUGAUUGUCUUGUGCUUUUC